AUGAUGGGCCCUAGUCUGUACUGUCCUCAAUAUAACGCGAUGCACUCUUCAUCUCCUGCUCAGUCACCUGCUGGUUCGACCGGUUCGCCAGUUGACGGCUACUUUGACACCGCCAACCCAGGCUACAUCCGCAAGUAUCUUCGAACAUACGGCCUCACGCCACCCCGUGCUGAGAGCUACGAGGUGCAGAAGACAAGAUGUCUUGCGCAGCUAGCUCUCAAAUCCACCCCUAUCGAAAAGUUCCUCUACCUUAGCACCAUCCGCAAGAACAGUGUGCACUUGUUCUACCGUUUGGUCAUGGACCAUCUACGGGAACUUACUCCUUUGAUCUACACGCCUGUUGUUGGUGAAGCUUGUCAGAAAUGGUCCGAGAUAUAUCAGCAGCCUGAAGUGUGGAUAGGCAUGUACCUUAGCUACGAAGACAGAGGAAACAUUGCCGCAGUCAUCCAGAACUGGCCACAACCAAAUGUCGACAUCACCGUCAUCACUGACGGCUCUAGAAUAUUGGGAUUGGGUGAUCUUGGAAUCAACGGAAUGGGCAUACCAAUUGGGAAGCUUGCUCUCUACACUGCCUGUGCUGGCAUCAGGCCUGAAGCUACUCUCCCCCUCACCCUUGACUUGGGUACUAGCAAUAAGACUCUGAGGGAGGAUCCCCUAUACAUGGGCAGCCGCCGCGGAAAAGUUACCCAGGAGCAGGAGCUCGAGUUUAUGGAUGAGCUCAUGGCUGCACUGACCGAGAGGUGGCCUGGCAUUGUCAUACAAUUCGAAGAUUUCAAGAACCCCUUCCCUGCACUCGAAAAGUACCGCCACAACUACACUUGCUUCAAUGAUGAUAUCCAGGGAACCGGCGCCGUCAUCUUGGCUGGUAUAAUAAAUGCUGUCAAGCGAUCUGGUGUCCCGCCAAAGGAUCAUCGUGCUGUAUUCCUUGGUGCCGGAAGUGCUGGUGUUGGCGUUGCUAAACAGAUUGUCGACUUCUUCGUCAAGGAGGGAAUGACCGAGGAUGAAGCCAAAGCUUGCUUCUACCUUGUUGACACCAAGGGCCUUGUCACCGCGGACCGAGGUGACAGACUUGCCGCCCACAAAGUCUACUUUGCUCGCCACGAUAACAACGGCCAACAGUUGAAGACCCUGGAAGAAGUUGUAGACCAUGUUAAGCCGACCAUGUUGAUGGGUCUCUCUACCCUCGGAGGCGUUUUCACACCCGAGAUCCUCAAGAAGAUGGCAGACAAUAACAAGCAGCCUAUCAUCUUCCCUCUCUCGAAUCCCUCCGCAAACUCGGAAUGUGACUUCAAGGCCGCCAUCACUCACACCGAUGGACGUGCCCUGUUUGCCUCUGGAUCCCCAUUCCCUUCCUUUUCCUUCAAGAACAGUGCUGGAGAGACUGCUACAUACUACCCGGGCCAGGGUAACAACAUGUACGUCUUCCCCGGUAUCGGGCUGGGAACCAUCCUCUCCAAGGCAGUAGAGGUCACCGACAGCAUGAUCUACGCUGCAGCAGAUGCCCUUUCGACCUCACUUACAACCGAGGAGCUCGACCGAGGCCUGCUCUACCCUGAGAUCACAAGAAUCCGUGAAGUUAGCGUUGCUGUCGCCAGAGGAGUCAUCCGCGCCGCCCAGGAGGCCAAGGUGGAUCGCGAAACGGCGAUCCGAACUUUCACCGAUUCCGACCUGGACUCAUGGAUCAAAUCCAAGAUGUACAACCCACACUCCGAGGUCAACUCGGUAGAACGGGAAGUUGGGAUCCUUCUGUCGUCCAUCGGGCGUAUAAACGGAACCUCGACCGGGGAUAUAUCGCCUCGGGGUGAAGACCAAGGGUCCAAGCUCUAG